AUGGCAAAUAACUCCUUCCGAGACUCCGUCAACUCCCUGGGCUGGUCGCGUAGAGACCCGGAUUUUCCCGUCCGUACCAAUGCUUCCUCGGAGACCCCGUUCUUGUCGCGAUUGCAAUCGUUGAAUCCCUUCGGUCAAGGAGGCUAUGUUCAGUUGCCUACUCAUAAUGAAGCACCUGGUGCCCCAUUACCUGCUGCCUCGCGACGGGAGGAGGAAGAAGGCUUCUUUGCUUUAAGUCGGUGGGAUCGAAUGCUCAUUUUCGGCGCCUGUAAUCUGGGCGCUGCCGUCUGCUUCCUGAUCUGCUUCUUCCUGUUUCCAGCCCUUUCGCUCAAGCCCCGUAAAUUCGCCAUCCUGUGGUCUGUUGGCUCAGUCCUGUUUUUGUUAUCAUGGGCUGUUCUCAUGGGACCCUGGUCCUACGCUAAGCACUUGGUCUCGGGAUCACGGCUACCCUUUACGGCGGCCUAUUUCGGGUCGAUCGCACUUACACUAUACUUUGCCAUCGGGCUCCAAGAUCUCUUCCUUACCCUCAUCUCAUCGAUCCUCCAGCUCUGCGCCCUGGUUUGGUACCUAGUUUCCUACUUUCCCAUGGGCUCGACCAGCCUUCAGUACAUGGGUCGUUUUGGUGCAUCCCGUGUGUCCGCUUGGAUCAGUGGUUAA